AUGUAAUUAAACGAUUAUAAAAUCAACCGUAAACUUUUGAAGUUUACUAACAAUGUAAAUUUUAUUGGAAAAAACAAAUACCUUUCAAGAGAAUCGAGUGCUAAUAAGAUAGAGUAAUCAAUUUAUAAGUCUCUGUCAUCAAGUUAAUUAUUAACCAAAUCACAUAGAGAUAAUAAUCAUGUUACUAACAAAAUAUAAGAAAUAUCUACAAUUGGAAGUAUCUACAGUAAGGAUUCAGCAUAUUUUAAUAAUUUAUCUAAUGAACAAUUAAAUAUUCCACCUAUAAGAUCCUUAAAUAAAGAUGAUGGUGAUAAAUUAAUUGCAACUCUUAACAAACAAAUUAAGUAAUAAAAUCUAUAAAUAUCUAAAUUAAAAUAGCAAAUCAUUACAUAAACUACAGAUAUUGAUAAUUUGUCUAAAAUAAAUCAAAAUUUUUUAGAAAAAUAAUAAUCUUAUGAACAAAUUACAUAAAGUUAUCAUUCCUCUAACUAAAAAAGUAUUAAAAAUUCAUAAUUUAGUAUAAUAACUAGCAUAAAUAAGAGACAUAUAACCUUACACAAAUGAUUAUUUAGAGAUUAUAACAUAAUUAUAUACAGAUGAUCACAAACUCUAACUUGCAAUUAAACAAAGGAAUUAGAACUUAAAACUAAAUUUCAUUAGAGGUUGGUAAAAAGCUACAAAAUUUUUAAAAUUAUUUAACAACUUUACUUAGAAAUUAAAAAAAAAUAAAUUGUAAUAAUAUUAUUAUUAAUGGAAACGAUUUUUAAUAUUGAAAUCAAGUCUUUUUUAAUUUAAUUAGGUUAAAGAAUUAAGGAUUACAAUUUUGUAUUGGAAACUAUGGAAAAACCAUAUAUAAACAAAAAAAUAAUUUCAUAAAAAUUGGAAUUAAGCCAUUUUAUUUUGCUCUUAAAAAUUGUUAUUUAAAUAUUUUAAUAGACUAAAAUAACUUUAUUUGCAUAAUAAUUAUUAAUUAACAGAUUUCUAAAAUUCAUAAAAAUAUGUUGGAUAAUAAUUAGAUUUAUUACGAUAAUUUUAAGUAUUCAAGUAAAUAAAAAUAUUUAAUGUUUUAGUAAAUGGAAAUAUCAAAUAUUAAAUAGAAAAGUAAUUGAAAGCAAGUUAACUAAUUAUUUAAAAUAAAAAAAAAAAUUGAUAACAAGAAAAAAUAUAUUUAGAUUUCUUUAAAUAAAUUUGAAAUAUUAUUAACAAAGAAAUUAAAUCAUUAUACAGGAUAGAAUUUAACAUAAAUUAAUAAAAAUGUUUGUUUAAAUAAAAGAAUAUUGUAAAAGUAUAGCAUUCAAAUAAAAUUAAAUACAAUUAAAUAGACCUUAUUUUAUUAAAUAAUAUUUUUGGAAAAGAUGGUCUUAUUAAUACAAUGUUAAAGUAUAAUUAAUAAUGGUAGGGGAAAAGAUAAAAGAAAGGACUUAAUUCAAACAAAUUAAAAAAUGUAUUAUAUACAUAUUUAUUUAAGUAUUCUAUGCAUUAAAGGGAAAUGCAAGUUACAAAAAAUUUUAAAAAUAAAAUGGCAAUUUAAUAAAUUUAUAAUAUAAUAGAAGAAUUAUCAAUUAAUCUUUAAUGAUUUGGUUGAGUAAUUUAUUGAAAUAAUAAAUUCUUAUUGACCAAGAAUAAAGUUGUUAAAUUUCAAAAUUAUAAUUCAUAGAUUAAUAAUAAUCAGUUGAGGUUAUUGAAUUAAAUUAAAUUUAUUAAAAUAAAUUACAAUAACUCAAAAUAAAUGAAUAAGAAUUAAAUAACUAUUAAAUGAUAUAAGCAAAUUAAAAUUAAAUUAAAGAUGAAUUACAAGUGCAAUAGUAUAUAUUUAUUUUAUAUUUUGUGAUCAUAUGCAAUAAGAGUUGAUAUCAUAUAAAUAAUUGUUAAAAAAUUACCCCAUAGAUUAAGAUGAGCUGCAAAUAUUGAAAGAACAAAAUAAAUUAAUUGAAGAAUAAAUACAAAAAUUUAAAUAACCAAUUUGUUGUAAUAUUUAAUAUUAUUAUUUAUAGAACCAAUUGAACUUUGUAAUUAAGAAUACUAAAAAUUAAAAUUAUAAUUAGAAAUUAAUAGUUCCAUUUUUAAUGAAUAAUAAGAGAAAUACAUUACCUUAUAAAAAGAAUAUUCUUAAAUAGUAAAUGAUUAUGAGAAAAGAAUUCGAAAUUUAGAAAUGCAUUACUUAGAAUAGAGUAAACAAUAGAGAAUAUAAAUAUAAAACAGUAUGUUUAUUAUUUUUAUAUAAAUUAAAGUUUUAAAAGAUAAUCCUGUUUUGGAGGUGUACUCAAGUCGGCGAUAGAGUUCAUAACCAGAGUAAAUGUCAGAAAACAAAUUAUUAAGUAUCAAUAGAUUAAAUUUUAAUACACAAAACUCUCCAGAUAAAGAUAUUUUAGAUUAAUAGUAUUAAUAUAUUAAAAUAUAGAUUAAUUUAAGAGGAUUCAACAAAUAAUUUGAGGGAAGAUAUUAAAAAAAGAUUAGCUUAUUUAAAAUUUUAGAUGGAUUAACAUAAUUGA